CACGCAGUCGUGAGAGACGCACACCGAAAUUCAUUUGAAACCCAGCGUUUUAUUAAGGGAGUCUUUGUCUGGUUCGAGACGACCUAAAAAAACCCUAGCAAUGGCGAACGAACCGCCAUUUCCUGACCCCUUUCAGUUCGAACCCGACCCUCCAAACCCUAAUUUCGCCUCCGCCUUCGAAUCUCUUUCUCUGCCCGACGAUGAUAUCUCCGUCGAUCUCACCUUCCCUGAAGGUUUCAUGGACGAUCUAGGGUUUGAAGACGACGAUCUCGGCUUCUCCAUUGAAGACGUCCUCCUCCUCGAUUUCCCGGCCGAAGAUUUCAACGGUGGAUCUGGAAUCUCGUCGCUGUCUAAUGUUUCCCAAGAACGGGGAUCGGUUAUCUCUGGGAAUUUGAAUCCGAACCCUCUGGAUUCGCCUGGUCGAGGAUGUUCCGAACACGCUACAUGCGGUGAUCGGUGCUCGGCCGAUCGGCGGUUGGAUGUUGCUCAGGUUUUGUAUUCGGCGCCACCUGAUUCUCCGGAUCGGGAGUCUUCUGGAUCUUUAUCUGAUGAUCAGAGCUUCAGUACUUCUAGGUUUUUGAAUUCGCCUUCGCCAGUUUCCGGUAGUCACGAUCGAGAAUUGACUGGAUCUGUAUCUGGGAACCGGAGGUCAGAUACUGCUCAGGUUCGAGAGUUUUCUGGAUCAGUAUCGGAUGAUGAGAGAUCCGAUGCUUCUAGGGCUUUGCAUCCGCCAUCAUCAGGUUGUGCUGGUCAUGGUGGAGAAAUUUCUGGAUCUGCAUCCAGCGAGCGGACUUCCGAAGCUGUUGUUGUUUCAGAUGCACCGUCACCGGGCUGUGGUGGUUUUGAUAAAAAAAAUUCUGGAUCAUCUGGCAAUCAGAGAUCAGCUGCUGCUAGGGUUUUGGAUUCACCAUCUCCAGAUUCAGGAUCAGUAUCUUCUUCACAGGAUUCAAGUAAUAUUACUUCUGAUGCCACUGCUGAUCAGAAAAUAAAGUUGGAAGAAGGAAGUAAAAGGCGUCUGUUGAAGAGGAAGAAGGGAAAGGAGGAUGGAAAUCCCGACACUCAGAAUAACAAAUUCCAUAGGUCUGUUCCAACUGAGGAUGGAAUCUCGCCCAAUGCUUUUGGUGCAGAGAAUGAUGAGGAGGAUAAAAAGAAAGCGAGGUUGAUGAGGAACAGGGAAAGUGCACAGCUUUCUCGGCAACGGAAGAAGCAUUAUGUCGAGGAGCUUGAAGACAAGGUAAGAUCGUUGCAUUGUACGAUUGCCGAUUUGAAUGGUAAGAUGUCAUUUAUAAUGGCAGAAAAUGCGAGUUUACGGCAGCAGCUAAGUGGCGGUAGCGUCUGUCCUCCUCAGCCACCUCCUGGUAUUUACCCCCCUCCUCCAAUGGUGCCCAUGCAUUUCCCUUGGGUUCCAUGUUCUUCUUAUCCAUUGAAGCCUCAAGGGUCUCAGGUUCCUUUAAUUCCGAUUCCAAGGUUGAAACCACCGCAACCCGCCUCAGUGCUGAAGGCUAAGGCUGAGCGCAAGAAAGCUGAGAGUAAGACUAAGAAGGUUUCUAGUGUGAGUUUUAUGGGUUUGUUAUUUUUCUUGCUGAUUUUUGGGGGUUUAGUUCCGGUUGUAAAUCUUAGAUAUGGAGGAAAUAGAAGCUCAGUUUCGGGUGGGAUAGAUUUUGUUAAUGAUAGGCACGAAGGUCAUUCUCAAGGAAGGGUUUUGACAGUUACUGGGCAUAAUGGAUCGGAUGUAAGUGAUGAAUUUGAGUUAUAUAAUAGUAAUGCGGGUUUUGGAAAACAUGAUCUCGAACGGAUAGAUAGGGAAACAAAUGUUAAACAGAAGGAAAGAGGACCAUUGCCUUUGCCUGGUUCAGAAGGGUUUGGAUUACCAGGGAAUGCCAGCGAACCUCUUGUUGCUUCACUAUAUGUGCCAAGGAAUGACAAGCUAGUGAAGAUUGAUGGUAAUUUGAUAAUUCAUUCUGUUCUUGCUAGUGAGAGGGCUGUUGCGUCUUCCCAUGCAGCAGCUAGGAAGAAAAGCAAUAAGCCCACUGUACCUUCUGAUAAAGGAGCUGAUAGGACUGGUUUGGCGAUUGCUGGCAACGUUGCUUCAGCAUUUGCCUUCUCUAAACCUGGAAGGGAUGUAGAGGGGCAUUCUCAUAUGUACAGAAGUGCCACGGAACGUCCAAGAGCACUCGCAUCUGGUUCUCGGGAUGCUUAUGGGGACAACAUGAAGUCAGCUGCAACUGACGGAGCGCUGCAACAAUGGUUCCGUGAAGGGCUUGCAGGACCCAUAUUGAGCUCUGGCAUGUGCACUGAAGUUUUCCAAUUUGAUGUCUCACCAGCCUCGGCCAAUCCGGGUGCCAUUAUUCCUGCAAGGCCGGUUGCCAAUGUUUCCGGCGAGCAUCCUCCCAAUUCUGCUAGGCCCAGCAAAAUGAAGAACCGAAGAUUCCUCUACCACCCGCUGAUACCGCUCAACGGAACCACCCUCAAUAGAACAGGAGAGAAUGCCACAAAACCUCCAGAUGGCAGCACCCACUUCCAAAGCAACAAGUCUGUGUCAUCAUCCAUGGUUGUUUCUGUGCUGGUUGACCCUAGGGAGGCCGGCGUCAGCAACAGGAUGAUGAGACCAAAGUCUCUACCGCGGAUCUUUGUUGUUGUGCUCCUAGACAGUGUCAAGUAUGUAACCUACUCUUGCGUUCUUCCUCUAAAGGGUGCUGGUGGUGCUCAUAUUGUAACUACUUGAAAGGAAAAUGUUAGUCUGGAGGAACCUUUAUAUAAAAAAAUAUAUGGAACCCUCCAUCCCUAUUUCUA